AUUCCUCACCAAUGCAAAUUCCCAAUUCAACCCCCAACCCUAUUUUCAUCUUCACAGUGAACUGUGAAGAUGGUAUGUUAAGCUCAAACUUGGAAGUUGGAAUUUUAAAUCACAACAGAGCCUUUUUAUGGAGUAAACAUAAAACUUGGUCUUACAUAUGAUGGUUUUGAAUCCCACUCAUUUCAUUAGUCUUGGGCCUACGCUCCAUAUUAAAUUCCAAACAACUCAUAAAGACAGCGACAAGUGCAGUUAUUAAUUAUUCUAUCAUGAGUGGCUCAACAGUCAGCUCCACGGGUGAUUCCCAGAGGACAAAGGAGAGGAGGCGUUAUUUUAAAUGAUUGAUGAGUGACCGAGUUGCAGGAGGAAGCUGCAUAUGUCAAAGGUGAAUUAAAAUAGGAGAAUAGAAACAGAAGAGGGAAAAUGAGCUGUGAGCCUGUGGGGUCAUAUGCAGACUCGAACCUUCCAUCUGAAAAUGAAGUCUGAACAAAUACAACCACUCCAUCGAAGAGGGGAGAAGGAUCCUCUUCCCCCUCUUUUCAGCAAGAUCAAGUUUGAGAAAGACUGUCAAGCUAUUAUGGCUCCACGAGGUCCGAGACUGGUAGUGCCCAUAGACCUGAAGAAGAAGCCGUGGGAGCAGAAGCUGCCUCUGCACAACCGGUGGCAUCCGGACAUACCCCCUGUUGCAGAUGUUACAGAAGGAGAGUUUUUUAGAGUUGAGAUGGUGGAUUUCAGCGGCGGAGGUAUAACUCAGGACUACUCUGCCCACGACAUCAAACAUGCCGAUCCCUCUGUUGCUCAUUAUCUCAGUGGACCAAUCAGAGUUUUGGACGAAGAUGGUGUUCCAGCCAAGUCUGGUGAUCUUCUAGUAGUUGAAAUAUGCAACCUGGGACCCCUCCCUGGAGAUGAAUGGGGCUAUACAGCAACAUUCGACAGGGAAAAUGGAGGAGGUUUUUUGACUGACCACUUUCCCUGUGCAACCAAAGCUAUCUGGUAUUUCGAAGGAAUAUAUGCCUAUUCUCCUCAUAUACCAGGUGUACGGUUUCCUGGUCUGUCUCACCCAGGAGUAAUUGGAACUGCACCUUCAAAGGAACUACUGGAUAUAUGGAAUGAAAGGGAGAGAGAACUAGAAGAAAAUGGUCCACAGUCUCUGAAACUUUGUGAGGUUUUGCAUUCACGACCGUUGGCAAACCUGCCAACAACCAAAGGUUGCCUCCUUGGAAAGAUCGAAGCAGGAACUCCUGAAUGGGAAAAAAUCGCUAGGGAAGCUGCAAGAACAAUUCCAGGAAGAGAAAAUGGAGGAAAUUGUGACAUCAAAAAUAUCAGUAGAGGUUCAAAAAUAUACCUCCCAGUUUUUGUCGAUGGAGCAAACUUUAGCACUGGGGAUAUGCACUUUUCUCAAGGUGAUGGAGAAAUAUCACUCUGUGGAGCAAUUGAGAUGAGUGGCUUUCUCGAGCUCAAGUGUGAAAUUAUAAGGGGCGGCAUGAAAGAGUACCUUACACCAAUGGGACCCACACCCCUCCAUGUGAACCCAAUAUUUGAGAUAGGCCCUGUUGAGCCAAGAUUCUCAGAAUGGUUGGUAUUUGAGGGCAUUAGCAUUGAUGAGAAUGGGAGGCAGCACUACCUUGAUGCAACCAUUGCUUACAAGCGUGCAGUACUCAAUGCCAUUGAUUACCUCUCCAAAUUUGGGUACUCCAAAGAACAGAUGUAUCUUCUACUAUCAUGCUGCCCCUGUGAAGGAAGAAUUUCAGGAAUAGUUGACUCCCCUAAUGCUGUUGCUACCCUUGCAAUUCCAACAGCUAUUUUUGACCAGGAUGUUCGUCCAAAGACCAACAAAGUACCAGUUGGGCCCCGGGUAGUAAGAAAUUCAGAUGUCCUCAAAUGCCCUUAUGAUGGAAGCUUGCCCAUUACAAAGAACCCAAGUGCCACAAAAUAACCAUUAUCAAGACAACUAAGUGGAAGAAGCAAAUAAUGGAAGCUUAUGAUGGAAGCUUGCUCAUUACAAAGAACCCAAGUGCCACAAAAUGACUCUUAUCAAGAGAACUAAGAAGAAGAAGCAAAUAAGUCGAAUUCCAUUUAUUAUUUUAAUGUAUGUUGUUGGCCCACUUCUUUAACAGCUUAAGCUUUUGGGUUAAAGUGGAGUUUAACAUUGAAUUAGGGCUCCAGUCCUUCAAAGCUCUUGGUUCAAAUCUCAUUACCUAAAAUAUAAUGUUACGUAAUGUUGUUUCUCUCUAAAA